AUGGGCAACCGUGUGGGCCGAGGGGACUUCGAGUGGGUUUACACGGAGCAGCCCCACACGCAGCGGAGGAAAGAGAUUUUAGCAAAGUAUCCGGCCAUCAAGUCUCUAAUGGUACCAGAUCCCCACUUGAAAUGGAUUGUGACUGGAAUGGUGCUCACCCAGCUUCUAGGCUGCUACUUGGUGAGGAACCUAGCCUGGAAGUGGGUUUUCUUCUGGGCUUAUGCUCUUGGGGGCUGCAUCAACCACUCCAUGACGCUCGCAAUCCAUGACAUCUCUCACAAUGUUGUCUUCGGUAACAAGCAGGCCAGGUGGAACCGAUGGUUCGGGGUCUUUGCCAACCUGCCCAUUGGACUUCCCUACUCUGCCUCCUUCAAGAAGUAUCACAUCGACCAUCACCGCUACCUUGGCGGAGAUGGUUUGGACACGGACGUCCCCACCGACUUUGAAGGAUGGUUCUUUUGUACUCCAGGUCGGAAACUGAUCUGGCUCGCCUUGCAGCCGUUGUUUUAUGCCUUGAGACCAUUGUAUGUGAACCCCAAAGCAAUUACUGAGAUGGAAAUCAUCAAUGCGUUGGCACAGUUCUCUGUUGACAUUAUAAUCUACUACCUGUGGGGUUUGAAGCCUAUUAUUUAUUUAAUAGCAGGAACGCUGCUUUGCUUGGGAUUGCAUCCUAUUACUGGGCACUUCAUAGCAGAACAUUACAUGUUUUUGAAAGGGCACGAAACCUAUUCUUAUUAUGGACCCCUGAACUGGAUCACCUUUAAUGGGGGUUAUCAUAUGGAACAUCAUGAUUUCCCCAGCAUUCCCGGAUGUAAUCUGCCAAAGGUAAAGAAGAUGGCGGCAGAAUAUUAUGACACCCUACCUCAGCACCAGUCUUGGGUUCGAGUUCUCUGGGACUUCGUUUUUGAUGAUACCAUCACUCCAUAUUCAAGAAUUAAGAGAAUAUGCACACCAGUGUCACAAGCUCGAUAG